CACAUCCCUUUUUUGUUUUGUUUUUCCCUGUUUUACUCUUCUUCUCUUACCUGUUCUUCUUCCUCAGUUUCUCUCUCUUUCUGGUUUGUUGAACUAGAUUUAAUGUUGAGUUUGAGUCCGCAGUGACAAAAGAAACAGACUUGCAGUAAAUACAGGGAAGCUGUUAUAUCUAAAAAUGUUUCUUCGCUCUGACCCACUUUUCCUGAAAAAUUCUUGUGUCCUUGCUGACUUCUGAUGCUAUAUUUUUGUUGUUGUUCUUCUUAUUUUAAGGAUUGGAAGUUAUGGAGCUUUGAUUAUCCUACAGUACUUUGCAGCUGUAUCUAUUUGUGAAGCUCUUAAGAUUACUGGAAAAUGCUUACCUGAUAAGAAAAGAGUAGAUACGUCAGUAACAUUUAUUUGUGGUGUUUGGACUUCGACCUAGCAGUUUUGAGUUCAGAUGUCGUUCCGCAGUAUAGUGCGGGAUGUAAGAGAUAGCAUUGGUAGUUUAUCAAGGCGAAGCUUUGAUUUAAGGCUGUCUGGUCAUCACAGGGAUAAAUCACAUGGUUCAUUUUAUGACUUAAGCGACCAGCCUCCUGUUAUCCAGGACAGUUGUUGGGCCAAUCUUCCUCCGGAGUUACUUUUUGAUGUAAUUAGAAGGUUAGAGGAGAGUGAAAGCACAUGGCCUGGUCGUAAGCAUGUUGUAGCAUUUGCUGCAGUUUGUAGGUCAUGGCGGAGUAUGUGCAAGGACAUUGUUAGAAAUCCUGAAUUUUGUGGAAAGCUAACUUUUCCUGUUUCCCUAAAGCAGCCUGGGCCUCGUGAUGGAACUAUUCAAUGCUUCAUCAAGCGGGAUAAAUCUAAUUUGACUUACCAUCUUUUCUUGUGUCUUAGUCCUGCAUUGUUAGUUGAAAAUGGAAAGUUCCUUCUCUCUGCAAAAAGAACCAGACGGACAACUUGCACGGAGUAUGUUAUCUCAAUGGAUGCAGAAAACAUCUCUAGAUCAAGCAAUACAUAUAUUGGAAAACUAAGAUCAAAUUUUCUAGGUACAAAAUUCAUUAUAUACGACACUCAGCCUCCUUACACCUGUGCACAUGUCCCUGCUCCAGGGCGCACAAGCCGUAGAUUCAACUCCAAGAAAGUCUCUCCCAAAGUCCCAACUGGAAGCUAUAGCAUAUCCCAGGUCACAUACGAGCUAAAUGUGCUUGGAACACGGGGUCCACGGAGAAUGCACUGUGUCAUGCACUCAAUUCCUGCCUCAGCACUUGAUGCUGGUGGCUCUGUGCCUGGCCAACCAGAGCUUCUCUCAAGGCCCCUUGAGGAUUCGUUUCGCAGCAUCUCUUUCUCAAAGUCACUUGAUCAUUCCACCGAGUUCAGUAGCUCGCGAUUUUCUGAUAUUGGUGGAGGAUCAACUAAUGAAGAAGAUGAUGGCAAGGGGAAACCACUGGUCCUAAAGAACAAGGCGCCACGAUGGCAUGAACAACUGCAGUGCUGGUGCCUAAAUUUUCGAGGACGGGUGACAGUUGCAUCUGUCAAGAACUUUCAAUUGAUUGCUGCCACUCAACAACCAGUUGCUGGACCGACAACCUCUCAGCCGACAAGCCAAUCAGAUCAUGACAAAAUCAUCUUGCAGUUCGGGAAAGUAGGUAAAGAUAUGUUUACCAUGGACUACCGGUAUCCCCUCUCUGCAUUUCAGGCUUUUGCUAUCUGCUUGAGCAGCUUUGACACAAAAUUGGCUUGUGAAUAGUGCAAACCAUUACUACAUUAGGGUGCUAAAAUUAUUAACUGUAAUGCUUGCUUCUAUUCUGGAUUUAUUCUACUUCUUUUCACCAUUAGAAAUGAAGAUUGUCCCUAAAUUUCGUCAUGUUGUAAAACCUGAUGAUAAUCAUGGUUCUGUUCCUGUGGGAAGGGUGCCAGAUUUGUAUAACAAAUCGUAUUAUUCUUGCCAUUUAAAGACUAUGCCAUGGCUCGUAUGGCAUGACAAAUCGCAUAA